AGAGGAACAAAAUCAAUUUAAAUACCAUAGAAAACGUGCAGAAUUGUUAUUUGAUUCCCUUUUGUGCUGUGUCACGCCCAUCUAUGCCGCCUAGGCCGCGUCAACGCAACGCACAUAAAGAUCUAACGAAAAUCCAUACAAAAUGGCGAUAAAUUCAAGCGCCAGAGAAACGCCCCAGCGUCAAGUUUAAAAAGAAAGUAAACGCAAGAUCAAUGAUAACCCACAAAACAACAACAACAACAAAUACCAAAAUUGUAUGCAACAAAAGUUUGCCAAAAAAGGAACGGCCGAUAGGCGGCGAUAAACGCCAAACGCGAAUCAAAAACGAGAACGAGACCGAGACCGAGACCGAGACCGAGAAACUCGCAUCGAACACGAAACAAGCGCCUAAGAUGUGUUCCCGCAACAUAAAGAUCUCGGUGGUGCUGUUUCUUGUUUUGAUACCCAUAUUCACAGCGUUGCCACAUAAUCACAAUUUGUCGAAGCGCAGUAAUUUCUUCGAUCUGGAAUGCAAGGGCAUCUUCAACAAGACCAUGUUCUUUCGCCUGGAUCGCAUCUGUGAGGAUUGUUAUCAACUUUUCCGUGAGACGAGUAUACAUCGACUAUGCAAGCAAGACUGCUUCGGAUCGCCGUUCUUCAAUGCCUGCGUUGAGGCGCUGCAGCUGCACGAGGAUAUGGACAAAUAUAACGAAUGGCGCGAUACCCUGGGACGCAAGUAAAGUGUGGACGGAACGAAACAAAACGGAAUGAAACGAAACGAGACGGACGGGCAAUACGUGAAGAGUAAAGCUAUAGCUGAACGCAUAUUACUACUACUACCUAUAUACUAUACAACAUAUUUAAAUAUUAUGCUAUUUACACACACACUCAUACACCCACACAUACAUACAUACAUACAGAGAGAUCACAGCAACAUAUACAACAAUCGUCUAAAAAUUAUCACAGCGAAUACGCGAAUUAUAUUUAAGUAAACAAAAAACUAAUUAUAUAUAU